UAGGAAGAGACUCUGGAGGAGAUUCGGAGCCCUGCAAAACCGACGGGGCAGUAAAAACGCUGGCAUCGUCCGGGGCCGGGACCUCUUGGGGGGCAUAGGAACCAAGGGAAGGAGGAAAAGCAACGAGGGAGCAAGCCGUCGGAUAGGUACACACACGGACAAGAAGAGAGUGCGCUCCUGCAGAUCUGCAUGAACUCUUAAAAGAAAUGGAUCGUGGGGGGAUUUUUUUGAGGAAACUGCAAGGAUGAUAUAAAGGCCAAUGCAACUACUGUAGUGGAGGGGAAAAAAUUACAACCCUUGCCCCGCCUCUGAUCGAGGAUGUAAAGUUUAGAACUAUACAGGCUGAGGGGGAACUUCAAUCCUAUUCUUUCCAACACCAGGUAGUAGUUUGUAUCUCUAAUAAACAUCUUCAUGCCUUCUUGGGUAAUUGUUCUGUUGUAGAACCAAGUGGGGCAACUUUCUGAGUUCCCUGGCUCCAUCCUCCCUCCAUCAACGGAGACUUGGACUCCAUAGCAUUUGCCUUUUCUUGGGCUCUUGGAAAAUGGUUCAGCUGAAGCUGGCUAUGCAGCACUUGAAUCAGGCGAUGAUGCUUCCAUUCAUGGAGCCAUAAUCUGGCUAAAUAGGCAAGAGAGAAGAAGAGAAGAGGAAGGAAAAGAGGAGCAAAAGAGAAGAGUGGAAAUCUCUGGUUUUCUAACUUUGGUCGUCUAUCAUGAGUGGUGGAAGGUUUGACUUCGAUGAUGGAGGAGCCUACUGUGGGGGCUGGGAAGGUGGCAAAGCCCAUGGGCAUGGCAUCUGUACUGGCCCCAAAGGUCAGGGCGAAUACUCUGGCUCUUGGAACUAUGGUUUUGAAGUGGUGGGGGUAUACACAUGGCCCAGUGGUAAUACCUAUGAGGGGUACUGGUCUCAAGGAAAGCGACAUGGCUUAGGGAUUGAAACCAAAGGACGAUGGCUUUACAAAGGUGAAUGGACCCAUGGUUUCAAGGGAAGAUACGGUAUAAGGCAGAAUGUCAGCAAUGGAGCAAAGUAUGAAGGUACCUGGAAUAAUGGGCUGCAAGAUGGAUAUGGUACAGAGACCUAUGCUGAUGGAGGUACCUAUCAAGGCCAGUUCACCAAUGGCAUGCGCCAUGGUUAUGGAGUUCGUCAAAGUGUCCCAUAUGGUAUUGCAGCUGUGGUCCGCAACCCUCUAAGAACCUCCCUUACCUCCCUACGGAGUGAGCACAGCAAUGGCACGCUGCUACAACACGAUUUGCCAUCAGCAAACCUGGAACAUGUUCCAAUGUCACCCACCAUAACUCGGGGUGGCUUUGCUCUCAGCUUGUAUGCAGAUGCUGAUGCUGGAAAAUUAAAGAAGGGGGGACUCUUCAGGAGGAGCUCCCUUUUUGGGAAACUCAAGAAAUCUGACUCCAAGGCCUCUUUGUCCAGCCAAAGGAGUCGACUCAGUUUCCUUAAGAGUGAGAGUGGGAUGAGCUCUACAGGUAGUGAUGCUACCUCCACUGCCAGUCUGGGAGAAGGAGUAGAAGGAGAGGACUUUCCACCUUUUGAUGCUGAUAUUGAUGCCACCACCACAGAAUCCUACAUGGGAGAGUGGAAGAAUGACAAGCGUUCAGGGUUUGGCAUAAGUGAGAGAUCAAGCGGCCUGAAGUAUGAGGGUGAGUGGCUAGAUAACGUGCGGCAUGGAUAUGGUUGUACCACGUUGCCUGAUGGGAAGAAGGAAGAAGGAAAAUACCGCAUGAACGUAUUGAUCAAAGGCAUGAAGAAACGGGUGAUACCUCUAAAAAGUGCAAAGAUAAGGCAGAAAGUGGACCGGAGCAUAGAAGGUGCUCAGAGAGCAGCAGCCAUUGCCAGACAGAAAUCUGAGAUUGCAGCUUCUAGGACUGCCCACGCCAAAGCCAAGUCAGAAGGUGCAGAACAAGCAGCUAUAGCAGCUAACAAUGAAUCCAUGUUAGCCAGGUCGAUGGCCAGAGAAUUGUCUCCAGACUUCUAUCAGCCAGGCCCUGAAUAUCUGAAGAGGAGGCUACUCCAGGAACUCAUGGAAAAUGAGGAGAAUGUGGAGCAUAUAGAAGAAACGCCCCCUGUUGAAGAGACAUCUCCAGCAACACCUCCAGAAAGUCCCCAAGGUGAUGAGCAGGAGUUUAUGAAACCUAAGGGGAGUCCAGCUCCAACUCCAUCACCAUCUGGCACACCACCUGAGUCCAAGCGUGCUAAGCAGGGUUCUCAGAAAGAGGGUUUUCUCAGCCCUGGAAACUGGAACGGAGAUCAUACCAAGAAUGGGAAUUAUACAGGAAGUAGGCCCAACACAUCUUCUAGUGCGCUACUGGCACCAGUGGAGAAGUCAGGAAGUAACAGCAGACCGGCUUCUCAGAGCCCCAGCCGUCCUAGCCAUAUGAAGAUUGCUACUGAUAGGAUGGAGAUCAAGCCCCUUGAAAGGAUACAGAAAGAAGGUGAAGUUAAAUUAUUUGAGGGCUAUCACAGUUAUGCUGUUCGGACCUCUCCAGUUACACCCCCAGUGGAUAAUGAAGAAGAGCCAUUCUCAGACUCCACAUUUCCUACCAAGCCAAAGUCCCCAGAGCCAGAAUCUGAGGUGAAAGCAGUGGAUCACAAAUUAGAGCUAGAAAAAAGGGAAAGUACACCUGUCACCCAACAUGAACCAGGUCACAGAGAGAAAAAAAUAAUCAAGAAAGAAUCUAAGCUUGAGCCCAAACAACCUGAGCCUAAAGUAGAAGAGAAAGUAGAAACUGUGAGUGAAACCAAACCUGAAGCCAAGAUGGUAGCUAAAACUGAGCCCAAGACUGUGGUGAAAAAAGUUUCUGCACCAGAAGCAGCCACAAAAGAGGUGGUAGAGAAAGAAGAGGGACCUAACACAAUAAUCAUCUGCAUGGUCAUUUUAUUGAACAUUGGCCUGUCUAUCUUAUUUGUACAUUUUCUGACAUGAUGAGAUACUGAACAAGAAGUUUAUGCUGGUCCAAACAACCAUCCUGAUCAGAGAUAACAUCAGCCAUUCAGAGCUAUGUUAAAAGGAAGAAGCAUAGAAGCACCCAGCGAGUGUACUGUGGUCAUGAACAAUUACGCAAUGCUUCUGGCAAACUCUUUUGCUCCAACCAUAGCAGGAAGAGAUCUCAAAUUUUACAACUUCUUUUAUUCUUCCUUUUGUUUUGAGUCUGGGUUGCUUUGAAGAUAAUUUUGAUGAACUACACUGCCACUUGUUAAAGAAACAAGUGAAGAUGAAGGAUUCAUCUUAAUUGUGGAAUGAAAACACAAACUAAAAAGUCUUUUCUUUGAAUUUCACUGUGAAAGCAUCAGACAUAGUGGUACAAAUCUUCCAGUCCCCAUAUUUCUAAAUUGUGCUGCAGCUCUGAAUCACAAUUAACUCCAAGAACGUGCUGAAGAUGGCUGGGGGGAGGGGGACAGUCAUGCAUGCCCCUUGUUAUAUUUUGAGCAAUUAUCCAAGUCCCUGAAAAAAACAGUUUGCUUAAAUCAGUAAUAUGGUCUUAGUCAAAAAAGAUAGAAUUCUUAGGAAAGGUUUAGAAACUAGGGCUUAAAACUUCUUCCUGUCUUGUAAGGGACACUUCCCUCCCUCCCCAAUCCUAUAUUCUGCAUUCUAGAAGCUGUAGCUUUUUGUUCUUUUUUUAUCUUUUAGCUCUAUUAGGAGAGCCAAAAUGUUUGGGCAUUCAAUUUCCCCCUUUCCCCCACUGUCCAAUUUGAUGCUUCUCUCCACUAGCAAAGCAACACAUUCAUUUCUUUCUCAAACUUUUUCAACCUCAAAUUGAGUUUACGAUUUGGAUACGAAGAAUUUGUGAGCCACUUUUGUAGCUAAUAUAGAAGUGGAGCAAAGCAUCGUAUAAUGAUGAACUGGCUCAGUUGGAACUAUUUAGCUAUCUAAAUGUCUAGCAGGCUAUGUGUGGGCUUUUGCAGCUUCUUUUAUCUCUUUGGUGUGUCGUUCCCCAUAUUUCUUCAUUGAUUGCACAGCUUUGCUUUAAUUUGGCUAGCUGACAGUGGUGGGAGAGGACCAGGCUAGUAGCUUGUUCUUUGCUUCUAAAAGUUUCCAUUUAGAUGUCUUUAGCAUUUGUCCUGGGCCAGUAGCAGUUGAGAGACUCCGAGGAGUUGGUAUACCAAUUGUCUAUAUUGUGUAUAAGCCUAAAUGGUUCUUUUUGUCAGUCAUACUUGGAGCUAUUUUCUUUGGAGAUUAGUCCUAUUUAAUAUCUUCUCAAAACAAAAGCUUGAAAGAAGUUCACCAAAGAAGUUGGAGGCUUUAAAGAAAAGAAGACUCUCCCAACCAUGUCACAAAGCAGUGACCAGUGCUAAGCACAAAGCUUCCAGGGUAAAUUGCACGCAUCAUAGAGCCAGCAGCACAACUGGAGCAUCAGCCAGCAAAGCCAAGGAUGCAGAAGGGAGUGGAUGGAGAGCUGGGACAAGAAUGAAAUAUGGGCAAGCAAUCUUCUUGAUAACCAACCGGCAACAUGUCCCCUAAUUAAUUCUGGGUAUAGUUUCCCCACACAAACCAAAAUGAAUACAGUGUUAGGAAAAAUUGGUGGUUUCACCUGCUCCUAAUUCUGUUUAAGAAGUCUAUCUUCUAAAACGAGAGAAGCUUUUUUCCUGAAAAGCAGAUCCCAUUUUAGGACAUAAAUAAGUCACAAUUUAAAAAAAAAUGAAAAUAAAUCCUAUCUUCUUUUAUGGAUGUCAGCGCAAGGAUGCUGGAAUCUGGUCUUACUGUAAGCAAUUCUUUUUGCAAUGCUGAUUAGCAGCAAUUAAACACCAUGAAACUUGUUUAGCUUACUAACUAUAGGCUGCAUUUUAAUUUGGCUUGCUAUAAAUGUUGGUAGAUGAAAUCAGUGCUCAUUUAAUAACUACAAAGUGCCUUGAGUAUUUUUAUUGCUAGCUUUGUUUAUUCCCUUCCCACCCUAAAAUUAGACCUGUGGCAAGAUACAUUUUACACUCCGUCCUUUUCUGUAUUAUUCAGAUGCACACAUAGCUUGUCAUUGAAAUAUCAGUAUGUGAAUCUGUCUUUAAAGUGUGUGGAUGUUCCCUUUCCCAACUUUCUUUGAGGGGGGAGAGAACAAGGAUUUUUGUUUCCAAAAAGGUUUUUAAAAGUACCUUCUUUAAACCUGACAGUGAUUUGUUAUAUUCAUAGUGACAGUCCUUGGAAUUGCAGCCGUGGGUUAAAUGUGAGCAAGUAAAAUAGAGAAGAAAAUUAAUUGUAGGUGCCAAAAGGUGACAGGAUUUUAAGUGCAGCAGGUAAACCAUGUUUUCAGAACAGAUGACUUACAACUCAUGAAUUGCUAAAAACGAAUUUGGAAGACAGGAGUGCUGUUCCUGACAGCUUGUUUAAUAAAUAACAUUGCUUUGAAGGAGGAGAAAAACAAGAUUUCUAACAACGAAUGAGGUAUGGCAACACCACUCAGAAAAUUGUGCAAGAUUAUCUUGUCCUUCAAAUGUGAAAUAAUAGCAAUAUAGGCACUUUUGAGGCUUUUAUUGUUACGUUUCCUUUUCAUCUAAAUAUACUCCCUUAAACAUAACCAGGCUGUUAUUUGCUUUUGAAACCUGACAGCCUCUUUCCUGGCUUUCCAGGUGUACAGUUUUAGUAUGCCAGCGGCUUUACAACAAAUGAUUUUCUUUGAAAGAUGUCAAUGUCCUUUAUUUAUCAUGAAGUGCAAAAUUGAGUCUUCUUGAAAAAUGUUAGGGUUAUUCCAGGGGUGGGUUCUAAAUUUUUUUACUACCGGUUCUGUGGGUGUGGCUUAUUUUGUGGGCGUGGCUUGGUGGCCAUGUGACAGUGGGUGUGGCUUGAUGGUCAUAUGACUGGGUAGGCGUGGCCAACUCAGUGUCUCUCAUGUCAAGGGGUACCUCGCCUGGCCCCUCCCCUCCUAGCCAUUCCUUGUCACACCCAGGCUCAACGUAUCUAUAGUUCUGCAAAAAUAUUGUUCACCUUUUUUCAACUUUAUUACCUACAUACUAUAGAUCAGGGGUCUCCAAACUUGGCCACUUUAAGACUUAUGGACUUCAACUCCCAGAAUUCCUCAGCCAGCUUUGCUGUCUUAAAGUCUUAAAGUGGCCAAGGUUAGAGACCUCUGCUAUAGAUGCACUUUCAUGGACCACUGAAAGGAGGAAAUGGCUCACAUGCUUUGCCCAAGAGUGUGAUAGGCAACAGGCUUUUAAGGGGCUGCAAGAAAUAAGAUGGGGGGGGGGAAAGUAUUUUCCCAAGCACCAGAAGGCAAAACAAGAAGCAAUGGAUGGAAACUCAACAAAGAGAGAAGCAACCUAAAACUAAGGACUAACUUCCUGACAGUAUGAACCUAUAUAGGUUUCAGUCUUAAUUUCACAUAUAAAAUAGCCAUUCAUGUAAUACAACCUGCAUAUUGUUCAAAACAAUCAUUAGUAUUAUUGCUGAUGUUUGACAGCAAGCCUAAAGUCCCCAUUCCCCCUCCACUCCAGGGGAAGGUUAGUUCAAAAUCCCCAUUUCCUCCCCACCCCACUAAUCUGUUCUGGAAAGGAAUCAAACUCCUCCCUCUUCAUUUCCCAAAUAAAAUAUCCCAGAUAAUUAAGGAAUAAUUAAGCUGUUAGCAAGGAACCUGCCUGGAAUUCCACGUUCCUGCCAGCUGCAUAAAGGAAACUUUGUAAGCAGAAAACAGCUGCCGGUGCUUACAGAUAAUACAAAGUGGAAGGCGGAAUUCGGCUCCAUUUACAAGCAGACAGAAAACUCAUUCAAGACAGGAUACUUCACAAUGGAAAUCGCCCAAACCUUUUUAGAAACACAAAGCCCAUGUUGCACAAACCCCAAAACUUCAGAAACAUUGAACCAUAUAAGAAUUCCUCCUCUUAUCCAAUUUGUUGUUCAGCUGACUGAGAAAGGAGCUUCUAGCCGCUCUGUCAAUUUAAAACGACAGGGUUUCCCCCACCCCUUCUUUGCCAAGCAAUCUCCUGGCUGAGAAGCGAGCCGAUCAGUUGGGAGGCUUCUUGGCUUCUCAAUUUAAAGGGACAGUGUCUUGGGUUUUUUUUUCUCUUUUUCGACAAGUGAGUCUUGAUUUUUUCCUUCUAGCCGAUCAGCUGGGAGACAGGAGGCAGCAAUAGAUUGGGGGUGGGGCCAGGCAAAAUUUUUACUACCGGUUCUCCGAACUACUCAAAAUGUUUACUACUGGUUCUUGCGAACUGGGGAGAACCGGUAGCAACCCACUACUGGGUUAUUCCCACCCACCUCUGAAUUCUCUUUUGCAGAAAUACUGUGUGGUUAUAUUCUUCAUUAUGCUUUGUUCUCUACAACGUAAUGACAAGGAUAAAGUAAAUACAUUUGCUGUCUGUGGCAUAUAUAGGGCAGGAUCCAUAGACUAUCUGUCCAGAGGCUGUUGUUUUUUUAAAUUAUUUUAUUUUAGACAGCUGGAUCUCCAUGCCAAAUUAUAAAACUGAUUUUGAAAUUUGUCCUUUUCAAGUGUAAUAUGGCUGACUACUACAGUGUGAAAUGCUCUCACUUGGAGUGCCAAACAUUUUUGUCUGUCCUUGCCAUGUAUGUUUAUACAUAUACAUAUCCUUAAACAGAAUGAGCUUCUUGGUGCUUGUGCAUACAUUGGUACCCCCCGAUUCGCUAGGAACUGCUUUGUUUACAUUAAAAGGACAAGCCUUCACCAAAGAAAUAAAUGUAAGUAAUUUAAUAGAGGGGGAAUGAACCACAUAUGGCCUUUUGGCUCUCAAACAAUGCCAUUCCUUCUUACAGUCCUGAGAACCUUGACUUUUAAGAUUGUUCAAAGGAUCUUUUUUAUUUCUUGUUCCAAAUACCAGCUUGAACAAGAUGACACAAAAAAAAUCCAGAGCCUCAUAUGGAAGUCCCUGCAGGUGUGAGUUUUUCCAUUCGUGCACAAGAGGCCUCUUUUAAGAUGAAUGGAAAGGUCCUGCAGGAAAGAGAUCUGCCUCCUACUUCUUACUUCUCCCAAAGAACUUCUGGAUUGGGACUAAUGUGUGCACAAGCCCUGUGGAGCUUUGCUUCCUCGGGUGAGCAGGAGCGGGUUUACCUCAGUUUGCAUGCUUUCAAACAUAGUUUGAUAUUCUUAAAAUGUUCAGGGCUUUCAAAAUGACAGAUGUAUCAUCACCAGAAGCAUACCUUUUGAAAUCACACAUUUUAAAAAUAAAAAUUUUAAAAAAUGACAAUUUGUGCAAUGCUAUCCAGGUCCUU